AUGCGUUGGCUCAUUUGGACUGCAGUCUCCACUCUGGUGAUGCUUCUAGCAAUGACUGAAGUGUCCGCAUCCAUUCGCACCCCUGAAAUUUCGACAAAGGGUUCGACAUCCGCUACUGCGUUUCGUGCCCGUUCACUUUCCAGCGAGUACAACAGCCUUGAGAAGAGAAGUCUGCGUGACAAGAGCAGUUCGUUAAUCACGGAAAGCGAAGAGCGGUCUAUCGCUGAAUCUCUUGCGAAUAAGGUCGUUAAUCGACUGUUCAAGACGCUUUACAAAAAGGAAAUGACACCAUUGACCUUUCGAGCAAAGAUGAUGGGGCGUGACAACUUCCUCGUUGGUGACUACAAAGUUUGGUGGGAUAAGGCUCGCGCGACAGGGACGAUUCCGAAGUGGAAGUUUCAGCGAAGUAAGUCUUACACAUAG